AUGGCAAGAAAUGUAAAUCAUAAUAAAACAGCGAAUUAUUCGUACAAAAUUUUACUGUUAGGUGACUAUAAUGUUGGUAAAUCUUCUAUAUAUUGUCGAUUUAAAGAUAAUCAGUUCAAGGAAGUGUCAAAGCUGACAGUUGGCGCUGAUAAUUUUGGUAAAGUAUACGAACUAGAGGAGCAAAAUGUUACCCUUGUACUUUGGGAUACAGUUGGGACUGAGCGAUUUCGAACUCUUACAAGAAACUAUUUUCGGAAUGCUGAUGCUUGUCUUCUUGUAUUCAGCUAUGAUGAGCCAGAUUCUCUCACUAGCCUAACCCAGUGGGUUGAAGACAUCAACAAUUUUGCAGAAAAUGCUUUGAAAGUAUUAGUUGGCAACAAAUGUGAUUUAAAGAGCCAAACUACUUCAGACAAAAUAAAAGCUUUUGCCCAUCAUCAUGACUGUGAUAUAGUUUUCAUUGUUUCUGCAAAGACAGGAGAAGGAAUAGACGAGAUGUUUCGAACUGUUGCACAAAAAUUAUCUUCUCGAAACAGUGAAGUUCGCAACAAUCAAAUUCUUUUCGAAAAAGAUGUUCACCAGUUACAAUCUCAGGAAUCUAAAAUGAACUGUUGUUGAUGGCUUUGAGAACAUAUUCACUGAAGUCCUGAUCCAUGUCAUAAAAAGACUUCAACAGAAUUAGUUUACCAUAAUUCCAGAAAUGUACGUUUUCAAUGUCUUCUAAAAAUUUUCGUUCCAUGGAGAAGCAAUCUCAAAUUAGUGAUGGCUUAUUCGUUCGUUAUAGUUUGUGGAACUUUGUUGUGAUGUUUUCUGAUUUCUUAUACCUUGUUUUGAAAUGAAUUUCCCAUCUGUUAAUCAGGAUUGGGUUUUAGAUUGUCCGAAACAG